AGUGUCCUUGGCCUGCAAUGCAAGGUCCUAUCUUGGGCAGCAAGCACAACACAACUUGCCAAUUUGCCAUGUGAUGAUCACAGGGGCAUGGUCAGGGGCAUCCUCAAAAUGUUAAAAUCAUUCAUCUCCAGAUUAGAUUAAGAGUUAAUUGUAUGUUGGACAGCGCAAGUGCAACUUGUCCCCUUCAAUCGGAGAGAUGCAGCUUGCAUAUAAAAACCGAGAGGCACACCAGGAUCUAGCCACAGUUCAACAAAACAAGAUCAUACUAGCAAGCAAGAAGUCAACAUCAAUGGAUCACUUUCCCUCUUCUUCUCAGGUCCUCUUCCUCCUGCUUCCGAUAGUACUGUACAUCUCCUACCACCUGUCCGGAGCUCUAGCCAAGAAGAAGCCGACCACGCAUGGCCUGAAAUCCUACCCGCUGCUCGGCCACCUCCCGGCGUUCCUCAAGAACCGCCACCGCUUCCUCGACUGGUCGACGGAGCUCAUCCUGCGCAGCCCGGAGCAGAGGAUGGGCUUCUGGUUCCCCGGGAUGCUCACCGGCAUGGUCACCGGCAACCCAGCCGACGUCGAGCACGUCCUGCGCGCCAACUUCGGCAACUACCCCAAGGGCGCCCGCUCCAUCUCCAUGCUCCACGACUUCCUCGGCGGCGGCCUCUUCAACUCCGACGGCGAGCAGUGGCAGUGGCAGCGCAAGAACGCCAGCCUCGAGUUCAGCACGCGCUCGCUCCGCGGGUUCGUCGUCGACGCCGUGCAGACCGAGGUCGCCGACAGGCUCCUCCCGCUGCUCCGGCGAGCGGCGGCCGCCGGCGAGGUCCUCGACAUGCAGGACGUGCUGGAGCGGUUCGCGUUUGACACCAUCUGCGUGGUGUCCUUCGGGCAUGACCCGUGCUGCCUUGCCGACGGUGGAGCUUUGACGGAAGGGAAGUCGGGGUUCAUGCACGCGUUCGGCGAGGCGCAGGACCUCAUCGUCGGCCGGUUCCUGGAACCCGUGGCGGCUUCCUGGAAGAUCAAGAGGUGGCUCAACAUCGGCACCGAGCGCCGCCUGAAGAAGGCCAUCGCCGACGUCCAUGACUUCGCCAUGGACAUCGUCCGCGCCCGCCGUGAAAGCUCGUCUUCCGUGAAAAGCAGAGACGACGUCUUGUCAAGGUUCGCAGCGAGCGACGAGCACGGCGACGAGGUGCUCCGGGAUAUCGUCCUCAGCUUCCUGAUCGCCGGCCGCGAGACGACGUCCUCGGCGCUGACAUGGUUCUUCUGGCUCGUGUCGUCCCGGCCGGACGUGGCGGCGCGCAUCGCCGGCGAGGUCCGCACGAUUCGGGCGUCGACGCGCACCAACCCCGGCGAGCCGUUCGGGUUCGACAUGCUCCGGGACAUGAGCUACCUGCACGCGGCGCUCACGGAGUCGAUGCGGCUCUACCCGCCGGUGCCGAUCGACUCCCAGUCGUGCGCGGCCGACGACACGCUCCCGGACGGCACGCACGUCGGCGCUGGCUGGUCCAUCACCUACAGCGCGUACGCCAUGGGGCGGCUCGCGGCGGUGUGGGGCGAGGACUGCAUGGAGUACAGGCCGGAGCGGUGGCUCGGAGAAGAUGGGGGGUUCCGGCCGGAGAGCCCGUUCCGGUACACGGUGUUCCAUGCCGGGCCGAGGACGUGCCUAGGGAAGGAGAUGGCGUACGUGCAGAUGAAGUCCAUUGUUGCCAGCGUGUUAGAGGAAUUUGCUGUCGACGUCGUCGGCCAGGACACCGGCGCCGUUCCGGAGCAUGUGCUCUCGGUGACGCUCAGGAUGAAGGGUGGCUUGCCUGUGCAGAUAAGGAGAAGGGUCAACAGUAACGAUAACGUCUGAGCGUAAUUUGGUUAUGUUGUUCCUUUUCGAUUUGAAAUAAAAAUGCUUCAGUUGUUUGGGUUCUGUUGAUGCUAUCUGAUCAAAUAAGUCAGUGAUCCAUGAAGCAUGAACAUCAUUAACUGUUA